CUUGAUGCCACGUUGCGCACGUGACCGGUGAAAAAAAGGCGAGGGCUGCGUCUCAAUCUCCUCUUUGUCCAAAUAGAGGCAGGUUGCCAUGGUUACGAUACGUCGCGGUGUAUUUCCAGUGAUGUGAGAUUGGGACGCAGCCGAGGUAACUCCUUCCCUCCUGGUCCUGCAUCAACGCCUUCGUGCACGAGCUGCGGGGCCUGGUGAAGAGGACGGGACAAGAAAGAAAGAAAGAGAGAAAGAAAGAAAGGAAGCAGUGGGACAAACAGGCAAGCAUCUCGUUUUCGGGGCUGCACGGAAAGCGGGCAUGGCAUCUCCGAGCCUGGGGUUUACCGGCUGUCGGAAGAAAGCAGCCACGAGAAACGGAGCCGUGGAGAGGCGGAAUUUAAUCACCGUGUGCAGGUUCUCGGUAAAAACACUGAUUGAUCGGUCUUGUUACGAAACUAUCGAUGACACCUCCCCGGAGUUCAUCAAUUUCGUCUCCAUUCUGGAGCAGAUCCUCAGCCAUCGGCUCAAAGGUCAGAUCACAUGGUUUGGCUACGAGAGUCCACGUAGUUUUUGGGAUUAUGUGCGUGUGGCCUGUAGCAAAGUCCCUCACGGCUGCAUCUCAAGCAUUGAGAUUAUGGAGAAUGUACGCAGUUCCAGAGCCAAGGGCCGUGCUUGGAUCCGAGUUGCCUUGAUGGAGAAACGGCUUUCUGAAUAUAUAUCUGCUGCGUUGAGAGACUUCAAAACCACAAGAAGGUUUUAUGAAGAAGGUGCAAUAGUGCUGGGAGAGGAAGCCGGUGUGCUGGCAGAUACUCUCAUCGGACUAAACGCUAUUGAUUUCAGUUUUUGUCUAAAGGGCGAUAGUUUGGAUGGAAGCUGUCCUGCUGUGAUUGACUACACACCCUACCUCAAGUUCACGCAAACCUCGGACAGCAUCAGCAGUGAUGAGGAGGAGAUGAGGACUUUGGGUAGCAGUGGCAGCGAGGCCAGCACUCCGGAGUCCAAUAUGGCUGCCUGCUUGAGUACAGACCUAAGCAGCUGGUACAGCAAGUGUAAAAGAAUGGAGCAGAAAUAUAGAGUGGUGCUGGAGCAAAAGGGUUAUCUGGAAGAGCUGGUUCGUCUGAGAGAGGCUCAGUUGUCAGAGUCCGUCUCCCAAAAUAAAGUUUUACUGCAGCGCUUCGCAGAAACCGGUAUCAGCCAUAAACUGGAGAAAGAACAACUGGAGUUCAUUAUCUUGGAGCUUCAGGACCAACUCAGAACCGUAUUAAAGAACCAUGACCUGCGAUCCAGACAGGAGCUCACCUCGCACCUGACCAAUCAGUGGCCCUCGCCUGGUGCCAUGGACACCAACGCUGUCGCCCUUGACACCUUACUUUACCGGAAGCCCACAGGACGCUGGGAAGAGAAGAGCUUUCCAAGUCUGGACCAGCUGUCUGCCGAUAUGAGUCUGUCUCAGAUGUCCCUCGAGCCGGGACACACACAUACGCACAGUCUGGAUGGCAAGACUGGACUCACCCCCUGGCAAAGAGAAGGUAAAGAGGACACGCCAUCUCUCAGAGGACUGUGUGGCUCUCUGACUUCAGUUGCCAGCUAUAAAUCUCUGGCCAGCCUGAAGUCCAGUGAGUAUCUGGCGAGUCCGACUACGGAUAUGACCAGCCCUGGGCUCACUCCGUCAUAAACACCCACAGGCAUACACACACACACAUGUUGUGUACAUACACAUGUAUUAUAGAUAUUUAAUCAUAAACUGAAAGCCUAGUAUUAAAAAUUUUCGUACAGUCUGAGAAUCAGACUCUGUAUCUGGACCAGAUCUGACUGCACUGUGCUAACUCACAUGAUCCAUUUUAAGUCAUGAAAAAAACUACCUAAAGGCUAAAGCUCAGUAUUAAUCCUGUGGCUUUCUUUUUGCAAAGCUGCUUAAUUCAUAUGUCUGAUUUUGCUACAGGGGUGAACAAAUCUUUACUUCAUUUGCUCCUCCAUUGGGCAAAAAAGAUUUAGUGUGCUACCCAGUAACAUGUUUUUUUGCAUGAAAGUCUCGCUGCCAUGACUAAAAAAAAUAAACUAACGUGGCAACUUAGUCAGCUAAUCACAGUACUGUAGGUGCAUUCAUACAACCGUGUUUGCAUAACCAAAAUCAGAUUGUUUGAUAUUACAUGUUGCCUGCUAGGCUUCAUAUUGGCUUCAUUAUCGGAUUAGCAAAACAAUCUACUUGCCCUAACUACAGAAUGUGUGCUUAAUAUCUCUAGCGCUUUUCUAUAAGUUGCAGUUUUUUCUUAAUGUCUUUUUUCUUUUUGUACAUUUAAAGAAAAAAUACGAUACGAUUAAUCCAUGAUAAGUUUUUUUUCUCAAACUCUGUGUAAACACUAAAUGGGCUAAUUGCAGUUAGGAACUAAACAGUGGGGAAUUGAAAAAACGUAACACCACACGUGCCUGUGAAAUAAAUUUUAACCAGUAAUCUGAAUUUUCAGAUUCUACUUUACUAAAUCGUACCUAAUGUGCAUAUCUUUAAAAAAAAGAAAUUUAUUAAAUCCAUAUUUCGUAUUGGCACGUAUGUGAACAUGGACUAAGAAAAGAGAAUGAGUGUGUACAUGGGAUGAUUUCACAAUCAGACAGUUCAAAGUGAGACUAUUGCACAAUGUCAUGAAACACAUCACAAAAUGAAAACAUGUCCAUCAAAUAACUUCAAAUAUACAUACAGAUAUCCCGUGCACAUAACCUCGUCCCAGAAGCUCGUCCUAGUGAUUUGUUCACUCCUGUUUAAUAUCUAUUUCCUGCUAUAAGCUGCAUCUGUGUUUAAUAUCGUUGGUUGAAGCUCAGGACCAAUUUUUUUCUUUUUUUUAUCCACAAAGCUGUUUUUUUUCUCAUUAGUUCUGAUAGCUGAACUAGUCAUGUUUAUUUAACAUGUUUGCCUGAAUUCCUCCUGUCUUUGUGUAUGACAGAAAUCCCCUUGUUGCCUCAAUUUGUGCCCUGAAAGUCAGACGAAAGUGCUUAGCUCUUCAUGAGUUGAUUGCAAAAAAAAAAAAAAAGCAGUCUAAUUGUGCUUGUUUGCCUUAUAAACAGACAGUGAAUGAUGAACACUAGGGACAUGUUUGACAAGAAAGGAUGCAGAUUAAAGGGACAAAACAGACAUGGGUGAAAAUGAGUGAAAUAUAGUAUCACACUGUUUCAAAUAAUUGUUAGCAUCUUUCUUUGAAUCAAUCGAUUUUGGAAGUCCACAAAUCGCUUCUUAUUCUGAUAUUUUUGUCUUGUAAAUUGAUAAGAUGACGAAGUAUUUGGAAAAAAUCCACUCAAUAUCUUUUCAGGGUACAAGCUGAAAUCAGGAAUGUUUUCAAAGUCAUAUGUCAGUAUUUCUCAGAGCUUUUCUUAGCUUUUUUUAAAGCUUUGCUUAGCCAUUUUGGAAUUCCCGCAUUUCAGAUUGUAGCUUCAAAGGUCAUGUUUAGCAAAAAAAAAAAAAAGGAAAAAAGGAAAAAAAAAAACAUUCACAGUGCUCAAUUCGCAAUAUUUACAUUCAAGCCACUUGCCAAACUUACCUCUUUGUAUUGUCUAAUAAUGUAUUCUUUAAUUUAGAAAAGAUAUAGCAUGGAUAAGGACAUCAGAUGUAAUCCAAAGCUUCUGUUUUUCUCUUCAUCAGUUCCUAUAUGGACUGUAAAUUUUUGUUUGUUCCCUCUUUGUGGAAAUACAUUUGUUUGGUGUUUUUUUUGUAUUUUAUUUAUUGAUUUAUUUAUUUGAAGGUUAGCCUUCAUGUACAGCAUUAUUCACAAUGUUUCUGUUGCUGUGGAAAGUAGGAGUGAAUUUCAGCUUAAUGUGAGGGUAUUUGGGGUACCAAAACUUAUUUGCACACAAGUCUAGUUCUGAAUUUGUAUGUAUUGAUGUACAUUCACAAUUUGGUGGGUUAAAAAAGAAAGAAAAUAUUGUACUGUACAUGAUCUUCCUGUGAAUAUUUGCCUGCGAGACAUUUUAAAGGUAUCAAAGUGCUUUAAUCAGUAGACACUGAGGCUAAUAUUGUACAGGAAAGCAUUUUAAAUUGUGACACUUUUGCUCUGAUAAACAUGGUUAUUGCCUGGUACUGAUUGCUCGAUCUUUUUUAAACACAUCCACUAGUAUUAACUGAUUUUUGGACAUGAGCAUUACAUUCGUUAUUCAUUUAGUACCUGCUAUUAUCCAACAUGACACUAGCCAAAGUCAUAUCUAAGCAGUUAUGGGUUUUGGAUCUCUGUCAUUUGUGGGGUCCAAGAUCACAACCUUUUUACAAUUAUCAGUGAAACGCUAACAUGCAAAGUGUGGCACUAUGAGGCUGAAAUCUUAAAUUUACUGUCUUUGGGGGAAUAAAAUUUCUGCUCAUUACUCACAUAAGGAUAUUUAGGGACAUAGGUUACUAGCCACUGGUAGUUAGCUGAUUUACUUGAUCUAACAAGCUAACUUAGAGAAUAUGAAGGACUAAGGAAAAGAACAUAUGAGGGACUAGAUAAAACUAGAUUAAAGAGAAUGUGAAGGAAUAGCUAAAAGAGACUGUGAAUGAAUAGCAGAAAAAUCAUUUAAGGGACUAGCUAGAGGGACAGGCUAAAAGAGAAAGUAAAUGUGAAGCACUAGCUUAGUGAGAAAGUGAAAGAAUAGCUUAAAGAGAAUGUGAAGGUUCUGCAGUGUGAAGGACUUGCUAGAAGAGAAAGUGAGGGGCUAGCUUAAAGUGAAAGUGAGGGGCUAGCUUAAAGUGAAAGUGAGGGACUAGCUUAAAGAGAAAGUGAGGGACUAGCUUAAAGAGAAAGUGAGGGACUAGCUUAAAGCAAAAGUGAGGGACUAGCCUAAAGAGAAAGUGAGGGGCUAGCUUAAAGCAAAAGUGAGGGACUAGCUUAAAGAGAAAGUGAGGGACUAGCUAAAAGAGAAAGUAAGUGGACAGGCUGAAAGAAUGUGAGGGAUUGACAAUGUGAGGGACUUUUUAAAAGAGAAAGUGAAGGACUUGCUUGAAGUGAAGGUAAGGAAUUUGUUAAAAGAGAAAGUAAGGGACAGACUAAAAGAGAAAGUGAGAGGACCGACUAAAAGUGAAUAUGAAGGACUAGCCAAAAGUGAAUGUGAGGGAUUAGCAAUGUGAAGGACUUUCUAAAAGAGAUCAUGAGAAACUUGCAUAAAGAGAAUACAAAGGAUUAGCUAAAUGAGAAUAUGAGCGACUAGCUAAAAUAUAAUGACAAAUCUCACGCCUGGUUGCUUUUGGUGUGGUUUUAUUAGCAUAUUUGGAUUCGUUGUGUAUUCCAGUUAGUUGAUUCUUUUGUCCCCUUGUAACUUGUUCUAUGCUAACCAGCUUGUUUGAAACAGAGUUCAUUAUAUGAAAAGAAAGUUCUGUCCUAUCUGUCCAAAUAACUUUUGUCACACAAUAAUCAAGAGCAUUGUGGAUUACUGGAACACGAAUCCCAGCAGGCAUAAGAUAAUUAUUAUUUAUUAUUGUUUUUGUUCAUUGUACCUAUUUAUGGGGUGAACAGGAAACUUUUUAAAAAUGUUUUCGAUUGCUACAUAAAAGGAAAUGCGACCAAAUUCUCAUUUAUGGGUAUCACCCAUGCAGAACACUUAAAAAUCUAGAACCUUUUUCUGGGUUUUUCCUGUGUUUGAUGGGUUUCAUUUUUAGCUAGUUAUAUUUACAAAUUUAUAUUUGUAUUUAACUACACAAAUAACUUGAUAAAGAACACAACACUAAUUGCAUCCCACUGGCCUUCACUGGACAGAUUAUAGAUCAAGCAUGAUGAUGAUGACAUAUUCUAAUUCAUAAUACAGAAAAAAAGCAAGACUAUCAAAUAUUAAAAUCUAAAAUGGCAACAAGUUAAAUAAAUUGUAGAUUCAAAAGUACAAGUGGGGUUUAUUUUUUAUUUUGGUUGCAAUUUUAUAUACUGUGUCUGCUUUAACUUCUCGAGCCACCAAACAUAAUUAAUGGCUGUUAAAUGAAGAUGGAGUCCAAGACGUAAAAAAAGUUCCUUCAUUACAGUUCACCAUUAUAUUUAUAAGCUAAACAGGGUCGCAAGCAAUGAGACAAUAUUUUCGCACUUUAUUUCUGUACAUCCGUUAGCCAUGGCAUUUUACAUAAAUGAAAAUUGCUUGCAAUUGAUUGAUUGUGCAUUUUUUAUACUGUACACUUGAUUACAUUCCAAAAUAGAACCAAUAAAUUUCAUUUUUUCCCAAA